CUUAUUGAAUAGUGAUUCCCUUUGUGUAGAUCAUCUUGUUUCAGCUACUUUUUAAUCUGUUCCCUUUUCAUGUCUAUAGCCUUUUGAAAUAUGCAUUAUGUUUGUUCCAUCAUCAUUCAUCAUAUCUCUUUGAUGAUAAUUUUAUAUUGGACCUUAUGUUCUUCACACAACAUGUUCUUGUUUUUAUCUAUUAUGAAGAUUUACAGCAAUUAAUGGUUUUUAAGCAUACAUUACAAGAGUGUAUAACUUUUUCUUAAAUCGUACAGAAAACCCAAUAUCGGAGGCAGGGAGGAAUUGUCAAAGUCAAGGAUACCUUUGUGGAUUGUUCUUCAGCAGUACAAACACUAAGUAGGAAAGAGAUGACUCAUCUAGCUCAGGAGAUUUUACUUGAGAUGAAAACUGAAUCCGACAACUCCACCCUGCCUGCUUUGAUGCUUUCUUAUGCAGAUAAUGGCCUUUUUCCCCAGGCACAGGCGAUUUGGGAGAUGCUAUUGAAUAGUUCUUUUGUGCUGACAAUUAACAUAAUUUCUGAUUUGAUGAAUGCUUAUGGAAGGAUGGGACGAUAUGAUGAGAUAAUAAAAAUUUUGGAUCAAUUAAGUUCAAGAAAUUUCAACUUAUUGCCUCAGGCAUAUUCAUGCGGUAUCUCUUGCUUCGGGAAUCAAGGACAGCUUGAGCUAAUGGAAAACACAUUGAAGGAAAUGGUGUCAAGGGGUUUCCCAGUGGAUUCUACCACUGGAAAUGCCUUGAUUAAAUAUUAUAGCACUUUUGGGUCAUUAACACAGAUGGAGAGUGCUUAUGGCUUUCUUAAAAGUUCUAGACAUCUCAUAGAUAAAGAAGGAAUCAGGGCAGUGUCAUUUGCAUAUCUGAAGGAGAAAAAGUUUUACGGAUUAGGUAUGUUCUUGAAGGAUGUUGGUCUUCGAAGGAAAGAUGUGGGAAAUCUUCUUUGGAACUAUCUAUUGUUAUCAUAUGCUGCCAAUUUUAAAAUGAAAAGCUUGCAAAGAGAAUUUCUGAGCAUGUUAGAAGCUGGUUUUCAUCCUGAUCUCACUACAUUUAAUAUAAGAGCUGUGGCCUUCUCAAAAAUGUCUUUGUUCUGGGAUCUCCAUCUUAGCCUAGAGCAUAUGAAACAUGAAAAUGUUGUUCCUGAUCUAGUGACUUAUGGUUGUAUUGUUGAUGCUUACUUGGAUAAAAGACUAGGAAGAAAUUUGGAUUUCGCUUUCAGUAAAAUGAAUUUGGAUAAUCCUCCAAUAGUAUUGACAGAUCCAUUAGUUUUUGAAGUUUUCGGUAAAGGGGAUUUCCACUCAAGCUCAGAGGCCUUUAUGGAGUUUAGUAGGCAGAGAAAAUGGACUUACAGAAAACUAAUUGCAGUAUAUCUCAAGAAACAAUUCCGGAGAAACCAGAUAUUUUGGAAUUACUGACCUGUUGCUUGCUGUCUGUCUUGAGGAAAUAUUCUGUCUGUUUAGGAAAGAGAACUGUGCUCACUCGCUAAGUAAUUGAACUUUGGGGUCAGAGAUAUAUGGCAAGGAUGGGGAUUUCCGGCAGUGGUAUAGGUCAGUAGGUGUUGCGCUGAUAUAUACUGUCAUCGUCUUUUUUAGCAUAUUGGAGAAUACUCAUUCUUUUCCUAGGGCCCAAAACAAUUCCAGCAAUUCAUCUUAUCCCCAGAUUCUUUGAUAGCUCUGCAUUCUUUGCUAGAAAAAUAAGCUAAAGCUACAUCAUGGAGACUCAAUGAAUGACGAAGGAAACUGCAUUUUCAUAUAAAGGUCUGGAGUUGUCUCCAAGUCUGCAGCUGCUAGCUUAAAAGGAUCAGCUGUGUAAUAAGAAAUGGAUUCAUCGAAGAGGCUAUUGUACUUACCUCCAAAGUCAGUCUUGUGAUAUACUGAUGAUCAACGACAUCCAAGUAGCAUGUACAAAUAAUGUUUCAUCUCCAUUUUGUUUUUGGUGCAUACAUAUAUGGGGAUGCAAUGAAAUUUUAGAUUUUGGUUUAAUGGAAUCGAAAAUAGAGAAAGGUUUCCCCUAUCACCCUUCCUGGAAAAUUGGAAGUGUUGAGAUUGUAGGUGGAAAGUUUUAUGAUAAACAAGGCCACACUAUAUGUAUACCGUUACUAUAAAUUUAUGCAGGAUACUUAAAGGCAUAAAUGCAGAUGUGUAUUGUAUCUUUCAA